AUGUUCAAUGAACCAGUUACUUUUCAAAUGAAAAUGUCUCAGAAACAUAAAAUGUCCUAUAACUCUAACAGGUUCAGCAUUGAGCCUGCACAAAAUUUUGGGUCAUGCUGCUUCCUGCAAAGUGAGAACCUAGACUACCACUCAUCCUCUGAUAACAGUGGCCAUACAACCUACCCUUCUGUUCGUUCAGUAGAACAUUAUUGCACCCUGGAAUCUUCUACAAAGAUCAGUUUCCCUUCCCUAAAUUCCCCAUCAACUGUCAGUUUCUCAUCUAACAAUAGCCCAGUCUCAAAGCUACAGCCAAAACCAUAUGUGUUGAGUUCACAGAAUUCUCUUGAAAUUGCUAACGAUUCACUAGAAAAUGAAUCUUGUUUGACGCAUAGUGACAGCGAGCUGAGACACAAGAUAAGAGAGCUCGAAAGUGUUAUGUUGGGACAUGAUGCAGAUAUUCUGGAUAUGUAUGAUACUGCAAUUCCAGAGGAAUCUGAUCCAUUUUUGCUAGAGGCAGAAAGGUGGAAGAAAAUGAUGGAAAUGAUAUCUAGAGGGGAUUUGAAAGAGAUGCUUUGUACAUGUGCAAUAGCUGUGGCAGAAAAUGAUAUGGAGACAACUGAAUGGUUGAUGUCAGAGUUACGCAAACUGGUUUCCGUUUCGGGCAACCCAAUCCAAAGAUUGGGAGCAUACAUGCUGGAGGCUCUUGUUGCAAGAGUGGCCUCUUCAGGAAGCACAAUCUACAAAGCCUUGAAAUGUAAAGAGCCUACUGGUAGUGAACUCCUUUCACACAUGCACCUACUUUAUGAAAUCUGCCCAUAUCUGAAAUUUGGAUACAUGUCAGCAAAUGGAGCUAUUGCUGAAGUCAUGAAGGGGGAAAGUGAAGUCCAUAUAAUUGAUUUUCAGAUCAACCAGGGAAUACAGUGGGUGAGCCUAAUCCAAGCUCUUGCCGGCAGACCUGGAGGACCACCUAAGAUCAGAAUAACAGGUUUUGAUGACUCCACUUCAGCUUAUGCCAGGCAAGGAGGCCUUGAAAUUGUGGGAGAAAGGUUGUUAACACUUGCACAAUCAUACGAUGUAUCCUUUGAGUUCCAUGCCAUAAAAGUUGCUCCCACUGAUGUUGAAAUUAAGGACCUUGAACUUCGACCUCGUGAAGCCAUUGCUGUGAAUUUUGCCAUGAUGCUGCACCAUGUUCCCGAUGAAAGUGUGGAUAGUAAGAACCAUCGUGACCGGUUGUUGAGAUUGGCUAAGUGCCUGUCUCCAAAGAUCGUGACACUAGUUGAGCAAGAAUCACAUACCAACAACCUCCCAUUCUUCCCCCGUUUUGUUGAGACAGUGAACUACUACUUGGCUAUUUUUGAAUCAAUUGAUGCUGCUCUUCCAAGGGAGAACAAAGAAAGGAUUAAUGUGGAACAGCAUUGUCUGGCUCGGGAAGUUGUGAACUUAGUAGCAUGUGAAGGGGCGGAAAGAGUGGAACGUCACGAGCUUCUGAAGAAGUGGAGAUCACGUUUCACUAUGGCUGGUUUCUCACCAUAUCCAUUGAACUCCUUUAUAACUUGUUCGAUUAAAAAUCUUCAGCAAACUUACCAAGGACAUUACACUCUAGAAGAGAGAGAUGGGGCUCUAUGUCUUGGUUGGAUGAAUCAAGUUCUUAUUACCUCUUGUGCUUGGAGGUGA